GUGAAGAUGCAUUGGCCGACAAGGAUUUUACUAGUCAUGCGCAACCAUUUGAUGCAAUAGCAAAGGGGGCACCACAACAGCUCCUCGAGUCAACACCUUCUUCUACAGACGCGAUAUCGUCAUUUACCGCAGAUCAUGACAAACGAAGGGUCAAAAAUUAUACCUCCAAUAGUACCGAUCUCAUCCUUCGCCCCAGC